GGGUUUUAUAAAAACAAAAAUCAAAACCACAGAAGGGUCACUACUUGCUGUAGCUCACACUUAUCCAGUGUGUCAAUUUUACAACAGACCUUCAAACAAACACCCGGACAAGCACAAUUACAGGUUUCGUAAGGAUUGAUCGGUCAGCUUUGAAAUUUAAACCAAAAAAUGGCAGAAGAUGAGAAUGACGCUCCAUGUCCUGGAAGCUUCAAGGAAAGUAUCAGGCCUGCUAAGAAAAUCUGGAUAUGCCUGACAGUUUUUCUAGCAACCAAUAUACUUUGCCUUGUGCUUUUAAAACUGUUCUCUGUGGCUCUUCCCAUUGCACAAAUCGCAAUAGGUGCAGUAUAUCUGAAAGAAUGUCCGCAGCAACACUUCAUCCCGGUGUAUGUGCUUGUGUGUGGCGUGUUCGGUGUAUCUCUCUCCCUGCUGGCCUGUCUGCCCUGCUCUAGGAAGCCGAAGGAUGGAGGAAAUUCUAAACUGAACCGUGUCUGCUGUGACUGGAACAGUCUGGUUUCUAUUUUCUUGUUCUGCUGGUUUAUCUGUGGCAAUGUGUGGAUUUAUUCCAUCUACCCUCCCAACUACAACCAAACUGUGUCUGGAGUUCCCUACUGCAAUAAGACACUCUACAUGUUUGCAUUCUGGACCACCACACUGGGACAUAUUCUGUUUGGAGCAGUACUGUUGAUUUUUUGCUGUGCAUGUGUGUGCUGUUUAUGUGGGUGCUUAGCAUGUUUAGGCAAGUCUGAACAGAACGACGAGGUUUCGGUGCCUAUGAAAAGCAAAAGUGAAGUGAAAAAACUAAACGAAAUUUCUGACGAAAACCCCUAAAAUAUCUCACACUGGGCAUGGAGAACGUUUGCAUACCUAAACACAAGCAAAUUGAUACCCAGUUAAAAAUAUGUAUAGGUCACUCAAUGCAAAAAUAAAUAAAUAAAAAAUUUUAAAUAAUAAAAUAACAAGCCAUUCCAUAUCCCAUAAAUGGAAUGAAGUAAAAAUAGUAAGAUGUACUGUAGCGUGAGUAACAACAGUACAUGUACAACAGUACAUGUAAGCAUACAGUAGUAAAAAUACUGUACAGUAUAUCAUUGUUUAAUGAUAAUACUAGUAGUUUCAUGUAAUGCUAAACACUAUCUUGCCUUAUUCGCUUUAAAGGGAAAUUUGUGCUUUGUGUCAAUAAACAA